CUCUCCAUACAGGGGACCACAUCCUGUCCAUCGAUGGGACCAGCACAGAGCACUGUUCAGUCCUAGAGGCCACACAGCUGCUAGCCAGCACAUCAGACCAGGCCAAGCUAGAGAUCCUCUCUGCCCACCACAGCAGACUGCCUAACAAACCACAGGACACUGUGAAGGUUCAGAAGAGUGACCACCCCCACUCGUGGGACCCCUGUGUGAACUACUGUCCCCCCCAGCACCCCUCCUCUCACUGUAAGACCUGGACCACCUCUAACAACCCCUCCAGCACACAGGAAUACUGCAAAUCCCUAGUGUCUACCAACUUCUCCCCUGGUUCCACCACCACCACAUCAGGCCCUGGGUCGACCAGCCAGAUCUCCAGUACGCUGCCCCGUACAGCCGUCCCCAUGAGCCCACGCAACUCCAUGAUGAAGAGACGACAGAGGAAAAAAGAGCAUAAGAGCUCAUCCGUGUCCCUGGCGUCCAGUAGUGUAGGUCCUGGUGGCCAGAUCGUCCACUCAGAGAGCAGUGAGAUCAUCCUGAGAGGGGACCCCCUCAAUGGCUUUGGGGUCCAACUACAGGGGGGAAUAUUCGCUACAGAGACCCUCUCUGCUCCCCCUCUCAUCCGCUUCAUAGAGCCAGACAGCUCUGCUGAGAGGUGCGGACUGCUGCAGGUGGGAGACAGACUCCUGUCCAUCAACGGAAUCCCCACGGAGGACGGAACACUGGAGGAAGCGAAUCAGCUUCUCCGAGAUGCGGCUCUGACCAAUAAGGUCUCCCUGGAGGUGGAGUUUGACGUCGCAGAGUCUGUUGUGCCCAGUAGUGGAACGUUCCAUGUUAAACUACCUAAGAAGAGAGGGGUGGAGCUGGGCAUCACCAUCAGUGCCAGUAAGAAAUCUGGAGAGCCGUUGAUCAUCUCAGACAUUAAGAAAGGCAGCAUGGCUCACAGGACUGGUACCUUGGAGCCUGGGGACAAGCUCCUGGCCAUAGACAACGUCAGACUGGAGAGCUGUUCUAUGGAAGACGCCUGUCAGAUCCUAGAACAGGCCGAGGACCUGGUUAAACUCAAGAUCCGUAAGGACGAAGACAACUCUGAUGAACAGGAGACGUCUGGUUUAAUCAUCUACACGGUGGAGCUGAAGAGAUAUGGAGGCCCGCUGGGGAUCACCAUCUCAGGCACGGAGGAGCCCUUUGACCCCAUCGUCAUCUCUGGCCUCACCAAGCGGGGCCUGGCUGAGAGGACCGGAGCGAUCCAUGUGGGAGACCGUAUUCUGGCUAUCAACAGUGUCAGUCUGAAGGGCAAGCCGCUCAGCGAGGCCAUUCACCUGCUACAGAUGGCCGGGGAGACGGUCACACUCAAGAUCAAGAAACAGGUCGACAUGGCAGACGAGAAGAAGAAGGAUGGAGAGAUGGAGAAUGAUUUGACUGACACGGAGGACGUGUCGGACAUGACAGACUCUCAGAAGACCAACAAGCUGUCAGAGAUCUACUCCACCACCAUACCCAGUAUGGACUCUACCAUGGAGUCCUGGGACGGAUCCGGCAUCGACGCCGGCUACGGAAGCCAAGGGCCCUACAACCCCCAGGCAGCAGGCAUUGCCCUGCACCCCCAUGAGUGGAGGAGUGCCAGGCAGAGGACCAGCCCCCCGCCCCCGGGCCGCCGUAGUAACAACUACCCUUUCAGUGACGGGGGCUUCAGUGAAGACGACUGGGACAAACCGUCAGGAUACACCAGCCAGCCUCACAGUGACGCCAUCAUGCUCGACCACGAGGACAGUUUCUGGUGUCAGGCACUGGAAGACCUGGAGACCUGUGGACAGUCUGAGCUCCUCAGAGAGAUAGAGGCAUCUAUUAUGACGGGCAGUGCCAUCAGUAUUGGGGUGGAUGGUAACAAGUCCCAUGGCCUCCCCCACCCUGGAGACCCCGUCAGCCAGCCCCGCAUCAGCCCUCUGCGGAGGAGCUCUCUCCAGCACCACGAUGCCAAGACCCACCUGCACCAGGAGGCCCACCUCCACCAGGGGGCCCACCUGCACCCGGAGGCCCAUCUGCACCCGGAAGCCCAACUCCUGCAUCACGAGGCCAGAACCCAGCUGCAUCACGAGGCCAGGGCAAAGAACACACUCCGGGUGUCUGAGAAGACCUGGGAGUCUCGUAGGAUCAAGGAAGAGAUGCAGGAGAUCCUCUCCCCUACCCCUCUGGAGCUACACAAGGUGACGGUGAUGAAGGAUCCAGAGAGCGAUGACUUCGGCUUCAGCGUCUCCGACGGGUUCCUGGAGAAAGGUGUUUACGUCAACAUGAUCCGUCCGGAGGGCCCAGCAGACCGUGCAGGCCUGAAACCAUAUGACAGAAUCCUACAGGUGAACCACGUGCGUACCAGAGACUUCGAUUGCUGCCUGGCUGUGCCUCUGAUCACUGAGGCUGGGGACAAGCUGGAGCUGGUGAUCAGCAGGAACCCUCUGGCCCAGCAACUGCACCAUGAACCGGACUGUCUGGACCAGGACCAAGGACUUCUCAUCUCUGCACUGCAGUCCAACAGUAGGGAACACCACCACUAUACCACUACAACCCGAGCCAUGGACCUGUGAUUACAGACAGACAGCACAGACACGCCAAGCCGCGACUGUUACCAUGGAGCAGUCUGUGAAUCUACAGACACACACAGAACAAUGGACCUUCUUUGGACAUGUGAACUACAGACGCAGCCACAGUCCAGUACCAUGGACACACCAAGUCACAGACUGAACUUCUGAAUGAACUACAGACAGGAGCCUCAAACCAGUACUAUAGACCUGUGACUAAAGACACAGACCAGUACUAUAGACUAUAGACCUGUGACUAAAGACACAGACCAGUACUACAGACCUGUGACUAAAGACACAGACCAGUACUAUAGACUAUAGACCUGUAACUAAAGACACAGACCAGUACUAUAGACUAUAGCCCUGUGACUAAAGACACAGACCAGUACUAUAGACUAUAGACCUGUGACUAAAGACACAGACCAGUACUACAGACCUGUGACUAAAGACACAGACCAGUACUAUAGACUAUAGACCUGUAACUAAAGACACAGAUCAGUACUAUAGACUAUAGCCCUGUGACUAAAGACACAGACCAGUACUAUAGACUAUAGAC